GAAAGAGGACAAAAACAUCCUUCAGGAUCCAGCUGUGUUUCUUAUAUCAGAAAUCACGUAAGAAUUUUUAAUAGGGAAAAGCCAUUACUAUCUCAACAACAAUUCUCAAUUUUCUAUGUAUCAUCCGGAUCGCAAGUAAGUAAAUCAACCCAAUAUACGAGACAUUUCAAUUGAAAAUAAAACGUUAUUCAAAACCGGUAUGACUUUAAAUAUGAAAAUUAAAUAAUUAGUUAUCCAAAAUAAAAACAUCACGAGGUACGAUUUUACGGUACUCAAGGAUAGGAUGAUCUCACCUUUUUGUAUUUUUUCAUGUGGCGGAAUGUGGCAGAGCUGCUUGACGACUGUGUAGGUAUAAAAGAUUCGAAAACUAAAGAACAGGAUCCAACUCGAUCUUUCAGUUCUACGAGGCACUUUCAUCAAAUAUAGUCAAAAAUAUAUUCGAACAUUUAUAGAAGGUAGUUCGCGAGUACGGAGAUUAGCCGGUGGAGCUGAUGCGCAAAACGGACAAUUUCCCUACAUGGCCGCUUUAAAAUAUAAUGACCAUUUUGCUUGUGCUGGUACUAUUAUCAGCUCGAAUAAAAUUUUAACAGCUGCCAACUGUUUCUGGUGUAGAAAUCAACCACUUGAAGAAUGCGUUAAGAAUUUUACUGUACAAACAGGUUCUGCGGAUUUAUCCAUAGAUGGAAAUUUGCAUCGUGUAAAAGAAAUUAAAAUUUUUGAUGGCUAUACUGGAAAAUUUGCUAAUGAUAUUGCAGUUGUUACCCUUCAAUCAGAAAUAAUGUUUUCUGCAAACGAAAAAGCUGCCAGCUUGCCGGAUACAGAUAUCACUGAAAAUACAGUUGCCAUAAGUAGUGGAUGGGGAAUUAAAACAGAAGAUAGUAAAAUAGACAAUAAACUUGCUAGUAUUGAAGAAAAAAUCCUCUCAGCAAGUAAAUGCAACGAAUUUUUUCUUAAAAAUGGCCCCAACAUAGAUGUAGAUGAUAACGAUUUUUGCGCAAUUGCUGCCAGUGGCAACAACAAUACUGGACUUUGUGUUGGAGACACCGGCAACCCUUCGGUAGUAGGUGGAACAGUAAUAGGCGUUGCAACAUAUGGUGUUGGUUGCGGCAAAGGAUUCCCUGAUGUUUUUACAAAUGUUUAUAGAUUCCUCAAAUUCAUAAAAAGUCAAUUGUAA